UCCUAGGGGCGGGGCGAGGAAAGCAGGCUGGCGGCGGGAGUGGACGGUACCGGCGGCCGCGGAGCGAACUAGGCUGAGCCGCCGGGCGCCGCGGAUAGACAUAAAUUCAGAAGCCUCUUGCAGACCUUGAUGGAUUUAAGUUCAGCUCAUGAAAUCAGAAUGGAUGAGAAACUCAUAUGUGACCAGAAAAUUUGAAACUGCUAGGAAAAAAACACAGAGGGAAGACACUUGAAUCCACAGGCCCAGUUUCUGUUACUAUGGCCAUGACGGCAGGGACCACAACAACCUUUCCUAUGAGCAACCACACCCGAGAAAGAGUGACUGUAGCCAAGCUCACAUUGGAGAAUUUUUACAGCAACCUAAUUUUACAACAUGAAGAGAGAGAAACCAGGCAGAAGAAAUUAGAAGUGGCUAUGGAAGAAGAAGGAUUAGCAGAUGAAGAGAAAAAGUUACGCCGAUCACAACAUGCUCGCAAAGAAACAGAGUUCUUGCGGCUCAAGAGGACUCGACUUGGCUUGGACGACUUUGAAUCUCUGAAAGUUAUAGGAAGAGGAGCUUUUGGAGAGGUGAGGCUGGUCCAGAAAAAAGAUACAGGGCAUAUUUAUGCAAUGAAGAUACUGAGAAAGGCUGAUAUGCUUGAAAAAGAGCAGGUGGCACAUAUUCGAGCAGAAAGAGAUAUUUUGGUAGAAGCAGAUGGUGCCUGGGUGGUGAAGAUGUUUUACAGUUUUCAGGAUAAGAGGAACCUUUAUCUAAUCAUGGAAUUUCUCCCUGGAGGUGACAUGAUGACCUUGUUAAUGAAGAAGGAUACCUUGACGGAAGAGGAAACACAGUUCUACAUUUCAGAGACGGUUCUGGCCAUAGAUGCAAUCCACCAGUUGGGUUUCAUCCAUCGAGAUAUUAAGCCAGACAACCUUUUAUUGGAUGCCAAGGGACAUGUAAAAUUGUCUGAUUUUGGUUUAUGCACAGGAUUAAAGAAAGCUCAUAGAACUGAAUUCUACAGAAACCUUACUCACAACCCACCAAGUGACUUCUCAUUUCAGAACAUGAACUCAAAGAGGAAAGCAGAAACCUGGAAGAAGAACCGGAGGCAGCUGGCAUAUUCCACAGUUGGAACACCAGAUUACAUUGCUCCGGAAGUCUUCAUGCAGACUGGUUACAAUAAACUGUGUGACUGGUGGUCCCUGGGAGUGAUUAUGUAUGAAAUGUUAAUAGGCUAUCCACCUUUCUGCUCUGAAACUCCUCAGGAAACGUACAGAAAAGUGAUGAACUGGAAAGAAACUCUGGUAUUUCCUCCAGAAGUACCUAUCUCUGAGAAAGCCAAGGACUUAAUUCUCAGAUUUUGUAUUGAUUCUGAAAAUAGAAUUGGGAAUAGUGGAGUGGAAGAAAUAAAAGACCAUCCCUUUUUUGAAGGUGUGGACUGGGGACACAUAAGGGAAAGGCCAGCAGCAAUCCCAAUAGAAAUCAAAAGCAUUGAUGAUACUUCGAAUUUUGAUGACUUCCCUGAGUCUGAUAUCUUACAGCCAGUGCCAAAUACCACAGAACCAGACUACAAAUCCAAAGACUGGGUUUUUCUCAAUUAUACCUAUAAGAGGUUUGAAGGGUUGACGCAGCGUGGCUCUAUCCCUACCUACAUGAAAGCCGGGAAAUUGUGAGUGAGAUCUACUGCGCCCACAACUGUGAGCACUCAGGUAGCUGCACCCCAGGCCUGCUCAGCACAGAUCCCCAGAUCCUGAAGUCUCCUGAGGACGGUGGUGCUCACUGAUGACAGAAGAAAUUCUGCAGGACUAGGGUCUCCUAAGACUACUGUAGGAACGGUUGGCAGUGCCAGCUGGCAUUUAAAAAAUAUUUUUAUUAUUUUUGUUAACUUUAUUAUAUGAAGGUACUGGAAUAAAAGAAACGUACAUCCUUGUCUGACUGCACUGCCUGCUGGCAUAGUGAAGUCCAUCCUGCCUCUGUGUGCUCUGGCUUUGGACUGGGACUCCUCUGAUCGACUCAGGAGAGACACAAACUGCUCCCACAGUGUAGGACAGCUGUAGGCAGCUUUACAGUUUCCCUGUAAAUCUUAUGGGUCUAGAUACAUCAGUAAAAGCCAUCUUCCACAGCUGGCAUUAGAACUUUUGCCCUUUUGGUUUGGACACCUGUAGAAAACCUGGGGAUAAUUUCUAUAAUGCUUUUAAAGAAUUCAAAAAGAAAUACACUGGUUCUUUAAAAAUAGAAUUUAUCAUCAAGUUACUACGCAAAUUGCACAGUAAGGAGUGAAAUGUUUCCAUUAAGGCUUUUUAUUUUGCAUUCGGGAAUACUGAUGAUAUACAGUCUGUGUAGUCAUAGGGAGAUGUACUGUAUUGCAUAAAAUGUUAAAAUUGCUUUGUGAUAGGACUUUUUUUUUUUAACAAGACAUGGCAUUAUUUUAAUUUGAUUAUGGUGAAUUGAAAUUCAGAAGUGACCAUGAAGGCUGCUUUUAGAACCCAGUGUAUUUUUAUUAAGCUAUAUUUUUAAAUGUUGAACUUGAUCAUGUAAAUGAACUUGUAAGAACAAAGAACUGUUUACUUUGGUUUUCUAGAAAGUUGCUACAUAUCAUGCCUGGAUAGUUUUUAUUUCUUUGGUGAAAAUUUUUCCUUUGAUAGUACUUAUAUUAUUGUGCCAUUAUUUUCUUCUGCCUCAAAUGUACCAAAGAUCCUGGACAGAAUAAAUGUUCACAGCUGGGUGGAAUUGUCCUCUCCUAUGGGAAUGCUGUGUCCAGAUGGGACUGGUCUUUGAUGGAAGUCCACCUGUCUAGGCAGUGCUGUCCUGUGGCUGCAUCACUGUAGUUGGUACCAAUGGAAUUAAGAAAGUUCAUGCAGCCCAGACGGUGUGAUUAGGAGAUAGGGCGGAGGAGGGGGAAUGAUAUCAGCAUCGAAGUCUUUGGCUAUUUCCCAAGAAAUAAUCUUUUCUUGCUCAAUGACAUUAAAUUCUAAAACAGUUUUCUAAGAUUUGGAGUUCAUAAGUUACAGUCAAGGAAUUAUACUUUAUUGAAGAUUGGCCUAAUUUCUGUCUUAAUGUUAAUUAAUAGAAUUAUAGUUGGUCUAUGAUCCAAACCUACAAUGAUGCUUCAUUUGUAGCAAUAUCUUCCUAGGGUGCGGGUUACCUAGGAGUAUGGUACAGAGCUACAGGAGCUUGUAUAAAUGUUACACUGGGUAAUGCCAUAGUGUAUCACUGAGGCUACAGGGUGUCCCUUCCUUAUGAUUGCUUCAAGUAUCUGUUGUGUCCUUACUUUGUGUUCGUCUCCAUUUUUCAGUCUGGAUCAUGUGGCUGUGUAUUUAGGAACUAAGAAAACUAGGUUAUCUCAAUUUGAUUCUCCUAACCCUAACUGCCUUUAAUUAAAAAAAAUCUUUAACUUCUCCUGGGGUUUAUGAAAUUUUCUUGCUCCAUCUCCUCCCAUGUUUAAGAGAAAUUUUAAUUAAUGGAGCUCCCUGACUAUUGGACACAUUCAAAAUGACUGUUUGUUAUGUAAAUUUACUUUGUCUUUUAAACCAACUGCUUUGCUAUUGCCAUAAUAGGUAAGAUAUGAAGAAAUUGCAACAUUCUCUAGUUCAACUAUGAUAGCUGUUCUAGUACAGAAAAUAUCAUUGAUGCAGAAGGACUGGGAGAGCUUAAGAUUAGUAUAAAGGGGCUGAAUUAUUCGAGUUUACUUUUCAAUUACAUAAGGAAUGGAGCAUUUUAGUUCUACUUUCCUCAGUGUUAUUAGAAAGUACUUGGAAAUGGGUAUGAUUUUUUUUUUUGGGCAGUGGGAGGGAAACUGUGGAAGGUUCGUUUAGAGUCUUAAUUCUUCCUGGGAGUUAAUAGAGUGAUCUGCAUCUUUAGGAAUUUCUCCCAUCAAAAGCAUUUCUUAAGUGCCUAUGUAAAAGCAGUGACAGACUGUAUCUGCCCUUGGAAGCUAAUAUUUGAUUCAAGAUGCACAUUAACCAGGUGAUUUGCAAGUUACCUUUAAGGUUUACUUUUAUCUAUUAUAAAUUUCCCAUAUUUCAGGUGAAUUAUUUAAUUGAAAUGACAAAAGCCUAUGUAAUCAACUGGGCAUAUUGACAUUUUCUUUAAAUUAGACUAUUUUGAAUUAAAAAAAUUUUAAUAUAAGCUGUGUUUUUGUUUUUCUAAGUAUGUAGAAAGCUUGUUUAAUUCAGAUUUAUUGGUUUCCUGAUUCAAUGUAGACUGACUUUUUUAUUAAAAAAUUUUGUAUUAAAGCAAAUUAUCUUUUUCUUUUAUGCAUUUGUUAUUGCCAUAGCUUUAAAUCUUCAAAUGUGUUAAAGCAUUGUGUUCUCUGGAAAUGCAGAAUUGCUUUUAAACCAGCUACUUUAAAUAUGUAGCUAAUCUAAUAAGCUAAUUAGUUUAAUGGAAAAAUACCAAAUGUGAAAUCCUCACUGAAGCUUAUAAUAGAGUUUCAUUUAUUUCCAUAAUGGUAUCCUAUUGCAUUUCCUUGUAUAAAUCUGCAAAUUUUAAAAUACUUUUAUGUACAUUUAUUUUUGGUGUUUUAGUGUAGAAAACCUCUAAGUAAUUAGUCUCUACUGGUAAAAGAAAUAGCUUCUAUCUUUCAAUGGUCUACGAGUAGAUGAAAAGUUGAGAUUUUAAUCCAUAGAGAUACCUUGCUACUAGAAUAUUUUCUCUGAAUUGUUAAAAAUUCAGAACAUUCAAAAUGACUGUUUUGCUAUUAUUUAAAUUUUAUUUUCUCUUAGAAGUGCACUUAUUCCUGAAAAAUAUCAAUGAAACAAACAUUUAGAACAAAUAUAAAUACAAGACACUUGAGACUAUUAAGUGAUACUUUAGAUUUUUUGUGACAAUGUGAGGGGAUGUUUCUGCUUUAAAGAGGAAUAAAGUAAUAAAAAUGUCUUAUUUUUUAAAAAGCAGUAUAAUCCAGCAGUUGUCUAGAGAAGUAAUCAUUAGGCUGUUGAGUUCAACGUUUCCAAAAUUGUUUUGGUGGUGUGAGCAUUUUUUCAUUGAAGGUAAGACAAGAAUAAAAACUUUAUUUACAAAA